AUUUUGUUGAAGAAUUAAUGGUUUCCAGUUGACAAGUUGACUUAGGCAUUACAGGAGAACUGAUAGUUUGAUCAAUCUAUUUUCUUAUAUAAUAUUUGCAUAUAUCACUCUGCAAGAGACUUAUUACAGGCAAGUAACAAACAGGAAAGGCAUUUGAUAAAUUUCUGAAUUUGUAGCUUCUUUUUUUCUUGAGGUUAGAAUGUUCCAAGCUAAUUAAUUAAUAUUUGUUUUGUGUUAUCUAGGAAGAAAGCCCUGCAAUAGAUCAACAAAAAUGGAAUCAUCGAUAAACGUCAUCCCUAUGUCCUCCGGUGAACCUGAGGAACCUGAAGAGAACAUCACUUACAUGGAUGCUUCAUUGUACAAGGCAGCAGCAGAAAGCAACAUUGAAGUAUUCAAUAAUAAGCAGGGGCAUCAACUUGAGUCACUCAAGACCCCAAACCAUGACAACGUGCUCCAUGUUAACUUGGCAACCCACGAGCUUGCUGCCUGGUUUUCUAAUGGAAUUCUCUCAAGAACGAGAUCCUUCCCCAAUUUAUAUUUAUUCAUCUAUUUGUUUUUGUGGAUUUUCAUUAUUAAGAAAAAAAGUAAAAAAAGAUCAGAUUUUAUCGAACACAUUCUUACCAAGUGUCCGUCACUACUACUCCAGACGAAUGCUAAAGGUCAAACUCCCUUGCAUGUUGCAGCAAGGAAUGGACAUUCUGCUAUUGUGCAACUUCUAAUCAGGUCUUGCGCAAAAGCUAGAGAUGAAGAUUUAGAGAAGCUGGGAAUGGAUCAAGUAGGUGCAGUGAGGCAGAUGCUGAGGAUAAAGGAUCAGGAAUCCAACACGGCUUUACAUGAAGCAGCACAGUAUGGCGAUGUUGAAAUGGUGGAAGAAUUGUUGAAGCUUGAACACCCUGUGGAAAGAUUGUUGGAGCUUGAAAAUCGUAAUUCUCAGUAUUCUGUCAACAAAAACCAGGAGACUCCACUUUACUUAGCAGCUAUGACAGGAGAUGAGCGUUUGCUGACUGUAAUAUUAAAUAAAUGGAAAUCAGCUGAUCAUCAUGGUGGCCCUCACGGUAGAACAACUUUGCAUGCAACAACUAUGGCCGAAGAUGAAGACGCAACAAGUAAAAUAUUAGAGAAGCAAGAGGAUUUGAGAAAGAAAGAAGAUAAAGAUGGGCACACCCCUCUUCAUUAUGCUGCACACAUAGGUUGCAAUUCUGUUGUGGAAGUAUUGUUAGAAAAGGAUGUAUCAGCUGCUUAUAAAGGUGACAAAAAGUUGGGGAUGACACCCCUUCUUGUGGCAGCCAGGCAAGGUAAUGUUGGAACAGUAAAAAAGAUUCUCUCCAAGUGUCCUGAUUGUUGUGAAAGAGUGGACAAAAGAGGUUUGAAUUUACUUCAUUAUUUGGCUUUUAGAGACCGUUCCUUUAAAUUAAGUCAUUCUCUUUUCAUGCCUGGUGGUACUAAGACUGAAUAUGGAUCACUCAGAAAUCUAAGGAAGUUGAAAGGUGCCUUUGGAUUCACUCCUGAACAAGUUUAUGCUUUACUUCGAUAUGAGGGUCAUAACAAGAAAUAUCGGCGUGAAAAGCUGCUAUGGCAGAAGCAAAUCGAAAAAUUGUUGAAAAAAAUUGCAAGUGAAGAAGUUGCGGAGUUACAAGUUUCCCACAUUCCCUUACCAACCGUCUCUACAAAAAGCUUGGAGAAGACAAGAGAUGCUCAUUUAGUAGUGGCAGCACUUAUAGCCACCAUUACAUUUGCAGCAGCAAUAACCGUACCUGGUGGUUUGAAUACUGAAAAAGGGUCAGAGCAGGGCACUCCUUUUCUGAUUGAUGAGGCAGCCUUUAAAGCAUUUGUUGUAACAAAUGCAAUGGCCUUUAUUCUCUCUGUUUCGGCCCUCUCCAUCCACUUUGAGAUUCUGGAUCCUCUUUUACCAAAAUUAGAAUUUUGGGGUAUUAAUCUAAUCUUAUAUCGAACUCAGUCUGUUUCUAAUCUCCUUGGUCGUGCAAUGUUUGCGAUGGUGGUUGCUUUUAGCACCAGCAGUUAUGUGGUUUUAAAACCUUCUCAUGGACUUGCCAUCGCUUCAUGUUUCAUUUGCCCUGGCUUUUUUGUUUGUUAUUAUGUACAACAAUCCCUAGCUUUUGUGAAGAGGUUGUUGCAGUGAUAAUAACGAAUUUCAUCACAAAUAUUAUAUUAUGUUGGACAAA